ACGGCGCCGCCGGGGUCGGGACGGCUGCAGCCUGUGCCAGCGCUCUGGGCCGCCGCCCCGCCGUCGUGCCGGGUCGCGGGGCGGCAAGAGCCCGCGGCCGCUGCGUUAGCGACCCGCUCCUCGGCGCGGAGGCCUGGCUGCGGUAACGGGCGCGCGGGGCCGGGUCGGGGGCCAUGAAGCCGAAUCCAGCCGGCACGGCGAGGGAGCUGGAGCCGCGCGAGCAGCGCGCCGCGGAGCCCGAGGGACGCUGGCGGGAGAAGGGCGAGGCGGACACGGAGCGGCAGCGCACCCGCGAGCGGCAGGAGGCCACGCUGGCCGGGCUGGCGGAGCUGGAGUAUCUGCGCCAGCGCCAGGAGCUGCUGGUCCGGGGCGCCCUGCGCGGCGCCGGGGGUGUGGGGACCGUGGUGGCGCGAGCCGGGGAGCUGCCGGGGGAGGCGGCGCAGCGCAGCCGCCUGGAGGAGAAGUUCCUGGAGGAGAAUAUCUUGCUGCUGCGAAAGCAGUUGAAUUGUUUGAGGAGAAGAGAUGCUGGUUUGUUGAAUCAGUUGCAAGAACUUGACAAGCAGAUAAGUGACCUGAGACUGGAUGUGGAAAAGACCUCUGAAGAGCACCUGGAGACAGACAGCCGGCCUAGCUCAGGGUUUUAUGAGCUGAGUGAUGGAGCUUCAGGAUCCCUUUCUAAUUCCUCUAACUCAGUGUUCAGUGAGUGUUUAUCCAGUUGUCAUUCCAGCACCUGUUUUUGCAGCCCCUUGGAGGCAACCAUGACUCUCUCAGAUGGUUGUCCCAAAUCUGCAGAUGUGAAUCCCAAGUACCAAUGUGAUCUGGUGUCUAAAAACGGGAAUGAUGUGUAUCGCUAUCCCAGUCCACUUCAUGCUGUGGCCGUGCAGAGCCCAAUGUUUCUCCUUUGUCUGACCGGCAACCCUCUAAGGGAAGAGGAGAGGCUUGGAAACCAUGCGGGUGACGUGUGCGGUGGAUCUGAGCUACCUGCCAUCAAAACAGACAGCUCCUUACCGUCUCCAAACAGCUUGUGGUCUGCUUUGCAUCCUUCAUCUUCUAAGAAAAUGGAUGGCUACAUUUUGAGCCUGGUCCAGAAAAAAACACACCCUGUAAGGACCAACAAACCAAGAACCAGUGUUAAUGUGGACCCCACGAAAGGGCUUCUGAGGAAUGGGAGCGUUUGUGUCAGAGCCACCGGGGGUGCCUCACAGGGUAAUAGCAUGAACCUUAAGAAUCUGAAACAGGCGUGUCUGCCCUCCAGCGGAAUACCCUCUUUGGACAAUGGGACUUUCUCCCCUCCGAAACAGUGGUCAAAAGAGUCAAAGUUAGAACAAGUGGAAAGCAAGAGAUUGUCCCCAUCCGAGGGCUGCUCACCAGCUGUUGCCUCCGAACUUCAAAGCAAGCAUCUACCCCAAAAUGCCAAGCCAGCCUCCCAAGAGCAUACUCGGUGUCCCCCCUCUGGGACAGGGGAGCCCCUUAAGGAGAGCACUCCGCCCUCAGCUGCCUCUCAGAAGGAGAACCCUGGCAGAGGCCCCGCCACCCUACCAGAGAACAGGGUGGCCCAGCCCCUGAAAAAGAUGUCACAGAAAAACAGCCUGCAGGGUGUUCCCUCGGCCGUACCCCCUCCACUGCUGUCCCCAGCUUUCUCUAUGGAAGAGAGGCCUGUCCUGGAUUUCAAAAGUGAGGGCUCUUCUUCCCAAAGCCUGGAGGAAGGCCAGCUGGUCAAGGCUCAGUUCAUCCCGGCGCAGCAGCCGGGGGCCAGGCUGCACCGGGCGCACAGGAGCGCGGGCGGCAGGGGCCCUACCCUGAAGCAGCGUGGCCAGGCACUGCAGGGGCUGGACAACGGCUUGCCUGCCGUCCGGGAGAAACCACGGACAGGGAGCAAGAAGUGCCGCUUCCCCGAGGACUUGGAUACCAGCAGGAAGUUGAAGAAAGCCACCUCCAAGGGCCGGAAGGGCGGGGGCGCGCCCGAAGCGGGCCUUCCCAGCCGGCCCCUGGGCGGGGGCACGAGGGCGCACGCGCACGGGCGGGACCCGGUGGUGGCCAAACCUAAGCACAAGCGAACCGACUACCGCCGCUGGAAGUCCUCCGCCGAGGUGUCGUACGAGGAGGCGCUGCGGCGGGCCCGGCGAGGGCGCCGCGAGCGGGCGGCCUUUCCUGCGCGUGCGCCCUUGGCCAGCCCCUACGCCUACGCGGCCAGCGACUCCGAGUACUCGGCCGAGUGCGAGUCGCUCUUCCACUCCACCGUGGUGGACACCAGCGAGGAUGAGCAGAGCAACUACACCACCAACUGCUUCGGGGACAGCGAGUCGAGUGCCAGUGAGGGCGAGUUCGUGGGGGACAGCACGACCACCAGCGACUCGGAAGAGAGCGGGGGCUUAAUUUGGUCCCAGUUCGUCCAGACGCUCCCGAUUCAGACAGUCACAGCCCCGGGCCUUCGCCACAACCCCACAAAAACCUUUGUCAAAAUUAAAGCUUCCCAUAACCUCAAGAAGAAAAUCCUCCGCUUUCGAUCUGGCUCUUUGAAGCUGAUGACCACGGUUUGAGUGAGGAUGUGGGUGUGGAACCCCCCCCCCCCAUCUCCCCAGGUGCCAAAAUAAAGGUGGCAUCUUUAUUUUUGUGAAAUACUCUUAAGGAGUGCUUUUCUUUUAAGAUAAAACCAAGGUAAUUAUUUGUGCCAUCUUCAUCUCAUUAGACACUAGUGCCUUUAAUGGAAGGUAAAGAAUGUUUUGCUAGUUAGAAUAGUGAGGUUUCAGUGGUGGAGAUAGUGAAUAAGUUUUGUGGUGUCAGCUGUUUCAAGGUACAGGUUUCAAUGCUCAAGUUUAUCGGGAUGAGACUUUGUGAACCCCAAGGUCAGGUGGAUGGAAUUGCAGGACAUACAUUUGCUCCUUGAUUCUUCAGGGCAGCGUCCCCCCAAAGGUUCUCCCGUUGAGGGGCAUCGUGUACAAUUGUGUAACGUAGGUACGAGGGGCAGUUUGUUUCCCCCGGUUUUUAUGUAGUCUGUAUUUCUCAGAUUUACUCCUGUUCUAUUUUUUGCUCAGAACUGAUCUGUUUACUGGACUCACGACUUGCAGACCAGACCCUAAAUCCAGAGAUGGCAAUCUGGAUAGGGAGGCUGGUGAAACCUUAGAAGAAUUCAUGAAAAUUUUCGCCACACUUCGUGCCUAGGCCCCGCUCACAGCAACCCCUUCUAGGGUCAUUUAUGGCAUAUUUUGAUGCCUUCCUCACACCCACCUCACUUGUAGCCCAUCAAACCAUUCAUUCUUUGCAGGAUUUGCCUUCAGGAACAGUUUGGUCCUUAGGUGCAGAGAAGUGCACUCUUAAUGAAAUAACUCUUGGGUAUGACUCCAAGCCCAGAUUUGCUAACUGAGCACUGUGCCACCAACACAUUGGCCUGAACAUAUUAGUGCAAUCCAGUCCAGAUUGGACCCCUGAUUCUGUCUGGAAGGGCUUUAUUUUUAAAACUAAAAAAAAAAAAAAAAAAUUUUUUUUUUUGUAAACAGUGUUGUGUAAAAUUGCUUUCUUAAUACCAGUAUACGCAUGUUUCGUGCAUGAGUAGUAAUCAUUUUGAUAUUCUUGUUGAUAUUAAAUAACUGUAUAAUAUAAACAGUAUGUGUUUUUAUAUACCAUUGUGUAAAUUUAAUAUAACGUUAUAUGCGGUAAUAAACGAUUUGUUUUACUACUGUUAAGUUUGUUACUUGGGUAUAAAACCAGGUGUUUACACCUAUAAAUCUUGUGAUAAUUUGUGUUAUUUGUGGGUUUUAUAUUUAUUCCAGCAUUAGAAUACUUGGAAUAAUGAAGCCAGGUUUUACUAGCCUUGGAGUGGAUGAUGAGUAAGCAAAUGAGGAAAAGCAAACAAUUUCUUUAGGAAGUUACUUGAACAUUUAUGGUAAAUUUUAUAGGUGUCUUUUAAGGAAAACAUUUCUGAGAAUUCCCUUCCCCUAUUUUAUUCUAUAAAAUUUAAAACAUAUGGAGAAGUUGAAUAAACAGCUGUAUAGCCACCGCCUCAG